AUGUCCAUUCGAAGACGUACAAAGAAGGUGGAGAUUUCAAUGCCAACUAAUUUUGAGCAUCGUUAUCAUGCAGGAUUUGAUCCUAUUACCGGCCAAUAUCAUGGUUUGCCAAAGCAGUGGCAAGCUAUAAUUGGUAUAACUCCGAAUAGACGAGGUCGUCCACGUCCAAUGAUUGAUCCCAGUUGUAUUACACCGACGGAAAUAGCAGAAAUCAAGACAGUAGUUCGUGGAGACAUGCCACUGCCGUGUCUGAAAGAAAUUAGUUUCAGUGGUGUAUCAAUGAACAGUGAGCUACGAAAAGAUCAUGCUGAAUUGCAAGAUGGUAUGCAGAAUGAUUUUACAAGCACGUCAGAAACAUGCACACGCUUUCCGCAAUUAUCAUUAUCUAUACCUUUCUUUGGUAUGCAACCAAAACAUCACGCCCAGCAACAUCCGUCUUUCAAAUUUCAAAAACUCAGUCCAGUAGAAAUGAACUUUCCGCGAACCUCAAAAUGGCAAAGUGGCAUACUACAGCCUGUGGAUUUGCAACAGAACUCUUCUUGCCUUUCACAAUUCGAUUUAUCAAAUGCUGUUGAAGUGUAUCCGAAAAGUUAUGCUUCACUGCAACAAUCAAAUUUUCUCUGCAGUAAUGGACUACAAGUUGAAAUGAACCCCUCGCCAUCAACAUUACCAUAUAAUGAAGCAUCAGCAUAUAGACCCAAUAAUUCAGCGGGGUAUAAUAAUGUGCGGCAGAAACGAGAGGAUUCUCAUAAUCGACUAUCAAAUGAGGAGUUUCGUGAUGCAUUGAAAAUGGUUGUAUUAUCAGGAGAUCCUCGAACAGACUUGACAAAUUAUGCACAAAUUGGUGAAGGUUCCACUGGUACCGUUGUAACUGCCGAUCAGAUUUCAACUGGAAGAAAAAUUGCUGUAAAAAAAAUGAACAUUUUGAAACAGCAACGAAGGGAACUGUUAUUUAAUGAGGUUCUAAUUAUGCGUGAUUACGAGCACCCUAAUGUUGUUGAAAUGUAUGGCUCCUAUUUGGUAGGUGAUGAAUUGUGGGUAUUGAUGGAAUAUAUGGAAGGCGGAGCACUGACCGAUAUUAUCACUCAGAUAAGGAUCGAUGAACCAACAAUAGCAACUAUUUGUGCGCAGUGUUUGAAGGCGCUGGAAUAUUUGCAUUCCAAAGGCGUCGUACAUCGUGAUAUUAAAAGUGAUUCAAUAUUGCUUACAAAAAAUGGUGUAGCGAAAAUUUCUGAUUUUGGUUUCUGUGGACAGUUAUCAGUUGAUAUACCACAGCGGCGUAGCCUUGUUGGAACACCGUAUUGGAUGUCGCCGGAAGUAAUAAAUAGGUUACCAUACGGUACCGAAGCUGAUAUUUGGUCGCUGGGUAUAAUGGUCAUUGAAAUGGUGCAGGGAGAGCCGCCACUUUUUAAUGUGCAACCUUUGCAAGCAAUGAAAAUGAUUCGUGAUAAUACACCUCCAAAGAUCAGUGAAUCUGUGAACGUUUCUCCUGAAUUAGCUUCGUUUAUUUCGCAAAUGUUGAUCCGCGAUGUAAAGAAGCGUGCUACAGCAUCUCUUCUAUUAAAUCAUGAAUUCUUGAAGAAAGCUUGCGAUCCAUCAGUAAUAUGUUCAGUGAUGAAUAUCAAUAAAAAUACUUGA